AUGUCGGUGCUUUCCAGACCAAAGCUUGGCUUCUCUAUUGAGUCUUUAGUAGGUAAAAACGUCCAAGAUUCACCACAAAAUAUCAGAGACGAAGACGCUUACACUUCGAUGGAUUUAGUAGGAACGUCAUUCUAUGAUAGACCAGUAUAUUCUGCCGCAAAGUCCUUAGAAACCACGAACUCUUCAAGGACCUCCCCAGUUCGGGCUUACCCCAUUCGGCCUGUGUGUUCUGUGGCCCGGGGCCCCGCAGUAUCAGCUGAGGUUCCUGCUCUGUCGAUUGGUGUCCAUGUUAACCACGGCAGCGGUGUGCGGCCGAUGGACUGUUUCAACGAAGAUUCUUUUAACCCUUACCUUUAUCAUAGUGUUCCGUCAUUGCAAACAGUAUCCCCUUUCCAGAUCCUAGGCCGAGAUCCCUACCCUAUUUAUCCCUGGCUGUUAGCAAACCGACAUCCAAGGUUCUUGCCCCACAGGAUUCCAGGGUCGGACAGUCAAGGGUUCCUCCUUCAUCCAUUCCGUAAGCCCAAGAGGAUCAGGACCGCCUUUUCUCCUUCUCAGCUACUCAAACUGGAACAUGCUUUCGAGAACAAUCAUUACGUAGUGGGUGCUGAAAGAAAACAGCUUGCUCAAAGUCUAAGUCUUACGGAAACUCAGGUAAAAGUUUGGUUUCAGAACAGAAGAACAAAAUUCAAACGGCAAAAACAAGAAGAAGAGGAAACACCAAAGGAUAGAGACGAACACAUCUUGUCCCCUCAGUGUUUCGCAGAAGACAACCGUUCUUCGCCAGACUGUUCUUUAUCACCAAGAGAAGGAGAUUUUGUGGAAAAUAAUGAACGCACGGAUUCUGGGAGGUCAUCUUCUUCUCCAUCAAGAUGACAUGCGACUUAUCUUCAUCACAGUAUUUGUCACUAAGUUAUCAUUUUUCUCUUAUAAAUGAAUGGUUUCUGAUUCCAUACUUAGUAUAUAUUGAUUGACAAUGUUUAUGUCGUGGGCUUGACUUUGGUUUCCUCAAGCAAUAACAAAGCCUAUUUCUCUUAAACACACCACGCAUCUCUGCAUAUCCCCCACACGACACAUCACGCAUCUCUGUAUACCCAACACUCGACAGAUGCAUGUUUUUGGAAUAGUUUCUGUUCAUGUAUAUACAAAUUGCUGGAUGCCACAACAACUCCAUGAGGCCGUAAACUGUUAUUACUUUGUAUAAGUAUUAAUAAAUUCAGUGAUCGCUUCAUUGAGCAAAAUUUGAUAUGAAUAUUUCAGUGAAUCUGUUGUUGCUAUUCCCAUCAGCUUCUCUAGCGGGAUUCAGACCAUCACUAUAGCAUUCAUCGCAAAAGUGAUUGGAAGAAUAUACUGUUGGUCUCUGAACUGCAAUAAUGAUUUUUAUGUGACUGUUUUGGUCUAUGCAGUACCUAACCUUCUGUGAUAUAAACGCUCCACGUGAUAGAAAUUAUUUGUUCUUGGUUUCAUGAGAAGCUUAUAAUUGACAUUGAACAAUUUAUCACUUUUCUGCAAGAGACUUGUGACAUUGAAUUAAUACUAACAUUAAUCAAACAUAUCCAAUGUAAGCAGUGGUGAAGAAAGGUUAAUCUAUUUUAUCCCAAACGGUAGCACCUAUAAUACUGCAAAUAACAAAUUUAUAUCAUAAUACAAUAUUUUUUUUAUUUUUAUGGGAUAAUGUUUUAAAAGUGUUUCAACGUGUAGUCUUUAACAUCUUAUAAUCGUUGUAUGCACGACUUACUCACUUUCAAAGAAUACGUGUAACGAACCAGAGUGAACAUUAAAUAUGUGUAAUGCACGAGAGUGAAUAUUGAUUAUGUGUAACGUAUUAGAGUACAUAUUGAAA